AUGUGCCCAGAUGUACACACAUACAUCGCAAAGAACUCUGCACACACAAUCAGGGGGCUGCGUUCCAAUGGAGCCGAGCCCAGCACCCCGAAGUUUAGAAAAGAGCAAGUCCCGAUGUCCCGAGUUCCAGAGUUCAGCAAUGAAGGCGCGGCUAUAGGAAAGAUUGUUCCAAUCACUAAAGGAAAAGCAAUAAAAUGGGGCCUGAAGUUUAACCUCGCGAUAUUCAGACAAUUUCACGUUCUUCUAGCACCGCGAUUCCCCAGCAGGUCGAGGAUCCCGCAGCAGGAAACGCUGCCAGGGGCAAUCCCCGCCCCCUUCGCUUUGCCACUACGGAUGUCCUUCUCGACUCGCCGUCCCUGGCUCUGGAAGGGAGCUAUGGCGGCGCCCUUGUUCCCUCUCCGGCAAGCUGGCCGGCCCCGGCUCUGGACUCUGCGCACUUUGGCCACGGUCUUAUCACCGGCCACCGACCCGAAAGUUCCGACUACGUUUACAGCAGAAAACAAUAAAACAUUGAAAAGUGGAAAGAACAGAAAACAGGUUCCAAAUCCUAGGACAACAAAGAUGACAAUUGACCAGGAUUGGAUGAGUGUUUAUCCUGCUGCAGCACCAUUUAAACCCUCAGCAGUGCCUCUUCCUAUUCGAAUGGGCUAUCCAGUGGAAAAAGGAGUGCCCCCAGCAAAGGAAGGAAAUCUAGAACUUUUAAAGAUCCCCAAUUUCUUGCAUUUGACUCCUGUAGCAAUUAAAAAGCAUUGUGCAGUUCUUAAAGAUUUCUGCACUGAUUGGCCAAGUGCACUGGACAGUGAUGAAAAAUGUGAGAAGCAUUUUCCCAUCGAAAUUGAGACAGCUGAUUAUGUUUCAGCAGGACCAUCUAUUUGUAAUCCCAAAGCAAGAGUUGUAACAUUAAAGGUUAGGCUUUCCAGUCUGAAUUUAGAUGAUCAUGCAAAGAAGAAAUUUAUUAAACUCGUUGGAGAGAGGUACUGCAAGAAUACAGAUUUGCUUACCAUCACUACUGACAGGUGCCCUUUACGGAGACAGAAUUAUGACUAUGCCAUGUAUUUAUUAACAGUUUUGUACCAUGAAUCAUGGAAAACUGAAGAUUGGGAGAAAAAGAAGACUGAAGCAGACAUGGAGGAAUACGUAUGGGAGAAGAGCCGCUCAGAGGAAAAUAUCUUGAAGACUCUUCUUCAAAUUAAAGCUUCAGAAAAAACUUCUGGAGUCACAGAGGAAGAGCUCCUUGGUUCUGAAGAAAUUGAGAAUUACAAAAAAUCUGUUGUCGCACUUAAGAAUGAAGGUGAUACUGAAAACAACCUUUCCCAGUAUAAAGAAGCAGUAAAGAAACUAUUGAAUUUAACAUGAUUGAGAUGUUAGGGGAAAAACACUUAUGCUUAGUCAAAAUUUUUUGUCAGAUAUUGGAUGGUCUGGUCUCUCUGAUAAUGUAUGCAAAUUUUAAAAUAAUGUAUUAAAACCACUCUUUUUUACUCCAGAAUUAGAAUUACUUCACACUUCUAAAGAUAUAAAUACACUUAACUGAUUUUUGUGCCCUGUAAUUAAGAGUGAAAUUGUUAUCCAUAAUGUUAACUUUGGUUUUUGUUUGAAAUACACAAACUUUGAUGUUUAGAUAUGUGCACAUUGCUUGCUUUGACCUGUCUGCCAAAUAUUAAGUGAUACCGAAGAAUAGUCGCUGCAUGUCAAAUUUGAAAUACAAGUCAAUCAAGAAACAUUUAUUAAGAACCUGCUAUGUGCCAGGCACCAUGAUAGCAGCUGGAAAUAGAGGUAAAUUGAAUGAAGGUAUAUGAUUUAAUUAAAAAUUCCCCAGCCACCGAUAGGAAGAUGAUAGAGUUGAUUCGCUUUAGAGUCUGUAUUUUUUAAAUCUUUGAAUCACCUAGUACUGUGCCAGUGCAACAAAAAAAAAGUAAGAGGCAGAAUGAGGGACUUGUUGACCAUAAUUCAGAUUUCAGAACUCAACUAUUUCUGACAGAGGAGUAGAAAAAUGAAUAGAAAUCAAAGGACUUUCCAAAGUAAUUGACCACAGGAUUCAUGUAAAGUGAAGAUUUAAGUUGACAAGCUGUAUGUUAUAUAAUAAUGGAGGACAGUGUGCCAAAAAGAGAAAAAAACCCAGCACUGUAUUAUAUUCUAUUAACUUAUGUGCCACUUGUAAAAUAGGAUAAUUACUUGGCUUGGGUUAUGUUUUUAAGCAUAAUUUAAGAAAUACUACAUUUCAAAAUUUAAAAGAGAAAUUGUGAAGUAGUAAAAUGAAAAAGUCAAAAGAUUUAAAAAUAAGAUUGAAAAGCAAAGUGUUAAAAAUUGAAAAAUGGAGUAUGUGAAAUGAUAGAAGAGCCCAGGGAUUGGUAGGCAUAUAAUUAGUGCACAUUAAAGCAUAUAUAAUAAUGAAGCAAUACUAAUUGAGGCUUAAUGGGAACUCUUUCAGGCUAUGAAAAUCAUGCAAGAUGGCCUGAAGAAGGUGGCCAAAAUGACAGGCUCUAGGUUGUAUUUUCUGGUAAUUAAUAAUUGUAGUUUUUCAGACUUAAAGGUGAAACUGUGAUAUUUUAAAACCAUAGCCCUUUAAAUAUAAGAACUUUGAAAUGAAGAUCACAUUCGAUUGAAUUUGGAAAGUUAUGCAGUGUUUUCAAUGAUCCUAAACUGCUAACUGUUGCAAAAGCCAGCGUCACGAGCAACAAAAUUUUCCUGCAGUUCUACAUCUUUGGAUUGUGGAACACCAUGCUCUUAGAGCAGCCAGCAUUAUACAUAAUGUGCAAAGGACUACAAAAAAAGCCCAUUGUGGACUCAAGUAUGCAUGAGAAGUGACAUUAAGAACGUCCCCAAAGAUAUGUAUGGUUAAAAGGAUUCAUCAUAAAUGCCUUUGAAGGAGCAGAAAUAUAAUAAAGUAUAAUAUAGUGGGAGGAAAAUAAUGGUGUUUAUAUUGGACUUUUUAUUGGGAAGAAUUGAUCUCAUUGGACUCUAUCGUUUAGCUUGGAUAGAGUUACUUAUUUUUACUAUUGAAAUGCAGUCAUUUCUCACAUAAAUCUUUAAUAAAUGCUUCCUGAACAUUUAGCACAGCCAUUGGAUAAUCAAAUCAUUUGAGAAAUGUAAGCUCCUUUGUAAUUUUUGUCCUUGUGCUUGGCAUAGAUUAGGUGCUUAAUAAAUGUUUACUGAAUCUAAUUAAAAUAGGGCAUCUGGAGAAAUUUCUCUGUUUUAAUUUCAGAAGACAAAGAUGCUGUUUAUACCAAAGUUGAUAAGCAGGUGUUUUCUUAAUCAACAAGCAAUUAUUAAAUUCCUUCUAUAUGCCUGACGUUACACAAUGGGGACUGAGGAUACAAAUAUAAAACCAAAAUAAUUCCUGUCUCAAGACUUUACAUUCUUUUAGAGGAAUACAAUUCAUAUAGGGAAGAGAUGGCCAGGGAAGAGAUUUUUUAGUUAAAGCAAUCAGAGAGAUGGUGAGAAGAGCCAUCUAGCAGUAGACUGUCACUCACUAAGGUAGUGAAUAUUGUUCCCAGAGCAA